UUUUGCCGUUUUCUUUGGUGUUUUGAUCUGGAGUUGCUCAGUUUGGUGUCGAGUAACGGUUAACAUUCGAUUCAGUCAUGGCUGAGACUGAUAGUCGCCUACUACCUGUUCGACAAAAUGCCUCGUCCAAGUGUUUUGAUUCCGAUCUUCAUUCCUCUCGUAUUGGCUCUGUCUCAGGUGAAUUUCAAGCACAUCCUGUAAAGACCACUUUUAGUGGUGCCCGGAUGGAUACACCUUUACGGAGACACGUCAAUAUCACAAUCCACUUUGCACUCAUAUUUUCCACAGUUCUUGUGGUUGUGUAGACCGAUUUGAGCCUCUUUUCUUCGGCAUAGUUUUAUUUAGCAAACACCCGAAAACCUUUCCAAAACCAAACCUAGUUCCCAAACCCGUGAAGGAACAAAACACGUGUUAACUAACUCAUCUACUGCAGCAAAACUCAGAACCAAGACGCCGCUGCUUGACCGCUGCCGUUUUGCGGCCGGAAGAAAGUCACCGGCCUCUACUGUGCUCCACAGGAUGGGCCUGAUUAUUAGAGCACUGGUGCUGGCAUAUUUAUUUUCUUUUGCAUCUCCUGAUGCACAAGGGGAGGCACUGUGGUCUUUAAGGAGUUCACUUAAUGCUUCAGGCGAUCAGCUCAAGGAUUGGAAUCGGAAUCUAGUCAACCCAUGCACUUGGUCCAAAGUUAUCUGUGAUAGUAGCAACAAUGUGACCACAGUGACAUUGUCUAAUAUGGGGUUUACUGGAACCUUGUCACCUAGAAUUGGGAUUUUGAAGAAGCUGGCAACACUCCAGUUACAAGGAAACAGCAUAAUGGGUAAUAUUCCUGAAGAGUUCGGAAAUUUAUCAAGCUUGACAAUGCUGGAUCUGGAAAAUAAUCAUUUAACUGGUGAAAUACCACCUUCCCUGGGCAAUCUCAAGAAGCUCACGUUUUUGAUUCUAAGUCAAAACAAUCUUUCCGGACCGAUUCCUGAAUCAUUUUCGGGUCUUCCAAACCUUGUUAACUUGCAGCUUGCUUCCAACAAUCUAAGUGGCAACAUACCUCAGCAAUUGUUCAAGAUUUCUAAGUACAACUUUACUGGGAACCAAUUGAAUUGCGGCAUCAACUAUUCACAUGGUUGUGCAUCAGAGAAUGGAGAUGGUUCCAGCAAAUCAAAGACUGGGAUGAUAAUAGGAAUUGUUGUUGCAUUUGUUGUUAUUCUCAUUCUUGGAGGCUGCCUCGUGUUAUUCCUUUGGAAGGAUAGGCAAAAGGGAUGCAGGCGUGAAGUUUUCGUCGAUGUUGCAGGUGAAGUUGAUCGUAGAAUUGAAUUUGGUCAAUUAAAGAGAUUUUCAUGGAGAGAAUUGCAGCUCGCCACAGACAACUUCAGUGAAAAAAAUGUCCUAGGGCAGGGGGGUUUCGGAAAGGUUUAUAAAGGAACUCUUUCUGAUAACACAAAGGUUGCUGUCAAGCGUUUGACUGAUUUUGAGAGCCCAGGUGGAGAUACAGCAUUCCAGCGUGAAGUUGAGAUGAUCAGUGUUGCUGUUCAUAGAAAUCUUUUACGACUGAUUGGGUUCUGCACAACACCAACUGAACGGCUUUUGGUUUACCCUUUUAUGCAAAACCUGAGUGUUGCGUACCAGCUACGAGAGCUUAAAGCUGGGGAGCCUGUUUUGGAUUGGUUGACAAGGAAGAAAGUGGCUCUGGGUACAGCACGUGGAUUAGAGUACCUCCAUGAACAUUGUAAUCCUAAAAUCAUUCACCGAGACGUUAAAGCUGCAAAUGUCUUACUGGGCGAAGAUUUUGAAGCUGUUGUUGGUGAUUUUGGCUUGGCAAAGCUGGUUGAUGUUAGGAAAACUAAUGUAACGACUCAAGUUCGUGGUACUAUGGGUCACAUAGCUCCCGAGUACUUGUCCACCGGAAAAUCUUCAGAAAAAACAGAUGUUUUUGGAUAUGGAAUCAUGCUUUUAGAGCUUGUGACAGGCCAACGAGCUAUAGAUUUCUCACGAUUGGAAGAGGAAGAUGAUGUCUUGCUGCUUGAUCACGUCAAGAAAUUACAGAGGGAGAAAAGACUUGAUGCCAUUGUUGACCGAAACCUGAAUCAAGACUACGACAUUCAAGAAGUGGAGAUGAUGAUUCAGGUUGCUUUACUCUGCACUCAAGCAUCGCCUGAAGACCGUCCAGCAAUGUCAGAGGUUGUUCGCAUGCUGGAAGGUGAAGGGCUUGCUGAGAGGUGGGAGGAGUGGCAGCAUGUGGAAGUGACAAGGAGGCAAGAACAUGAAAGGCUACACAGAAGAUUCGACUUUGGAGAUGACUCAAUUUACAACCAGGAUGCAAUGAUCUUGUCUGGAGGUCGAUAAGGUAGCUGGCUAAAUUCAUAACCUUAAAAUUGUGUUUCCAUAUUAUAAUGUGCCUGUGCUCUUGUUUUUGUGUGCCUUCUUUUUUUUUUUUGUUUUUCUCUUUGCCUUCACCACAUGUGAGUUCAUUGGUUUGUGUCAUGAUGUACAGUAGAUUUCACGACAAAUUUGAGAUGGACAAUUUUAAAGUGUCCAGCCUUGGUGUCCACCUUAAUGUUGUCUUUUUGUAACCAUGUAUUAUAGAAUUGCUUAGAAUUCCAUAUCUUAUCAUAAUACCUUGUCCUGUACUGUACUAUUAUUGAGGUUACAAGCAAAGUGCUAUUAUCGUUUUCCUGAUCA